GUGGAGGUUCCCUCGCCAGCUCCGCGCUGGUCAUACGCCAUGUGGCACUGCGGCGGGCGGAAGGUGCUGUAUUCGCUGAGGCGGCUGACCGGCGGACACGCACACCGCAGAGCGUGGCGAUGGAACAGUAACCGGGCUUGUGAGAGGGCUCUACAGUAUCAACUAGGAGACAAGAUCCACGGAUUCACUGUCAACCAGGUGACAUCUGUUCCCGAGCUGUUCCUGACGGCAGUGAAGCUCAGCCACGAUGACACAGGAGCCAGGUAUUUACACCUGGCCAGAGAAGACACGAAUAAUCUGUUCAGCGUGCAGUUCCGCACCACUCCCAUGGACAGUACGGGUGUUCCUCACAUUCUUGAGCAUACCGUCCUUUGUGGGUCUCGGAAAUAUCCGUGCAGAGACCCUUUCUUCAAAAUGUUGAACCGAUCCCUCUCCACGUUCAUGAACGCCUUCACAGCUAGUGAUUAUACUCUGUAUCCAUUUUCCACACAAAAUCCCAAGGACUUUCAGAAUCUCCUCUCGGUGUAUUUGGACGCCACCUUUUUCCCAUGUUUACGCGAGCUGGAUUUCUGGCAGGAAGGAUGGCGGCUGGAACACGAGAAUCCUAGCGACCCCCAGACGCCCUUGGUCUUUAAAGGAGUCGUCUUUAAUGAGAUGAAGGGAGCGUUUACAGACAAUGAGAGGAUAUUCUCCCAGCACCUUCAAAACAGACUUCUUCCCGACCACACAUACUCAGUGGUCUCCGGGGGUGACCCACUGUGCAUCCCGGAGCUUACGUGGGAGCAGCUUAAGCAAUUUCAUGCCACUCACUAUCACCCAAGCAAUGCUAGGUUCUUCACGUAUGGUAAUUUUCCAUUAGAACAGCAUCUGAAACAAAUUCAUGAGGAAGCACUGAGCAAAUUCCAGAAAAUCGAACCAAGCACCACGGUGCCAGCUCAGACACCCUGGGACAAGCCUAGGCAAUUCCAGAUAACAUGUGGCCCGGAUUCAUUCGCUACAGAUCCCUCUAAACAAACAACCGUCAGCGUUAGCUUCCUCUUACCGGACAUCACCGACACAUUUGAAGCCUUCACAUUAAGUCUUCUGUCUUCACUCUUGACUUCUGGGCCCAAUUCUCCCUUUUACAAAGCCUUGAUUGAAUCUGGCCUUGGCACAGACUUUUCUCCUGAUGUUGGAUAUAAUGGCUACACGAGGGAAGCCUACUUCAGUGUUGGCCUCCAAGGGAUUGCGGAGAAAGACAUUGAGACAGUUGGAAGCCUCGUAGACAGAACGAUUGAUGAAGUAGUUGAGAAAGGAUUUGAAGAUGAUCGAAUUGAGGCUUUACUUCAUAAAAUUGAAAUACAGAUGAAACAUCAGUCUACCAGCUUUGGGCUGAUGCUGACAUCAUACAUAGCUUCUUGCUGGAACCACGACGGGGACCCUGUGGAGCUCCUGAAGUUGGGAAAUCAGUUGGCUAAAUUCAGACAGUGCCUGCAGGAAAAUCCAAAAUUUUUGCAAGAAAAAGUAAAACAGUAUUUUAAGAAUAACCAGCAUAAGCUGACUUUAUCGAUGAGGCCAGAUGACAAGUAUCAUGAGAAGCAGGCACAAAUGGAAGCCACGAAGCUCAAGCAGAAGGUCAAGGCUCUGUCCCCCGGAGACAGGCAGCAGAUCUACGAGAAAGGUUUGGAAUUACGGACUCAACAAAGCAAACCUCAAGAUGCCUCUUGUCUGCCAGCGUUGAAAGUUUCAGAUAUUGAGCCUACCAUACCUGUCACAGAGUUGGAUGUGGUCCUGACAGCCGGAGAUAUACCUGUUCAGUACUGCGCCCAGCCCACCAAUGGCAUGGUGUAUUUCCGGGCCUUCUCCAGCCUGAACACACUCCCUGAAGAGCUGAGGCCCUACGUGCCCCUCUUCUGCAGCGUCCUCACCAAGCUGGGCUGCGGCCUUCUUGACUACCGGAAGCAGGCUCAGCAGAUAGAACUGAAGACCGGAGGGAUGAGCGCUUCUCCCCACGUGCUCCCCGACGACUCGCACAUGGACACCUACGAGCAGGGUGUGCUUUUCUCCUCUCUCUGCCUGGAUCGAAACCUCCCAGACAUGAUGCAUCUAUGGAGUGAAAUAUUUAACAACCCGUGCUUUGAAGAAGAGGAGCACUUCAAGGUGCUGGUGAAGAUGACCGCCCAGGAGCUCGCCAAUGGAAUUCCCGACUCUGGACACCUGUACGCAUCCAUCAGGGCGGGCCGGACCCUCACACCUGCAGGGGACCUGCAGGAGACCUUCAGCGGGAUGGAUCAGGUGCGACUGAUGAAGAGGAUUGCAGAAAUGACAGACAUCAAACCCAUCCUGAGGAAGCUGCCGCGUAUCAAGAAACACCUGUUAAAUGGUGAUAAUAUGAGGUGUUCAGUGAAUGCGACUCCUCAGCAGAUGUCUCAGACAGAAAAGGUGGUCGAAGACUUCCUUAGAAGCAUCGGUCGGAGUAAGAAGGAGCGGAGGCCUGUGCGCCCACACACGGUCGAGAAACCUGUGCCCAGCAGCUCUGGUGGGGAUGCCCACGUUCUCCAUGGCUCCCAGAUCAUUAGGAAGCUGGUCAUGGAACCCACCUUCAAGCCCUGGCAGAUGAAGACUCACUUCCUGAUGCCCUUCCCGGUGAAUUAUGUGGGCGAAUGCAUCCGAACUGUCCCCUACACGGACCCAGAUCAUGCCAGGUAAAAAUUGAAUGAAUUUAGGCUGAGACCUCUGAUAAACGUGGUAGAGUAAGCCUUCGUGAGGACAGAUGCAUGGAACGACAGCAAAGGUAGAUCAAGACACGAAGCCACAAGGGAGAGUGGGAGGUGACCCAGGCAGCCAUGGGGGCUGCAGGAGAACCUCAUGAGCCAGACUGUGGGUGGGUGGGUAGGGCCUGACCUGGGGCCACAGAGGGACAGGGCGGUCGGGAGAAACCAAGUGGUCCUGCAGAGCCCUGCAGAUGGCAGGGCCAGAGGCCGCCUUACAGUCCCUCUGAGGAGUUUGCCUCCCGUCUCCUCACACGAGUCAGAAGCUCAGGGAAGGAGGCCCUGGGUUGAGCGGCCGAAGCCACAGCCGAGAGAGGUCAGGCCGAGAGUGAGGGUCUAAGUGGCGUGGGGUGAGGGAGUUUGCUGCCUAUGGACUGGCCCUCCAGCCCCUUCUUCUGAAGUGUGGCUGCUCCUCGGCUGUGUUCAUCCCAUCUGCGGAAACUGGCCAGACCAGGAGGACAGACUCACAGACAUGCACUUUUGGGGACCCGUCAGUUGGGUGUGGAUGACACAGAUCUGUGCAAACAUGUUAUAUCCCGGAAAUUCACUUCCUGUAUCCUUGUCCCAGGCAGCUACCCCCAUGAGGGACUAAACCAAGGAGGAGACCCCCAGGGUCUGGCUCCAACCUCGCUGGUGCCAACUGAUGGCGCCCCAGCCACCCGAGUGGUAGAGAGGGGAGGGCAGGCUUAGGCCUGGGCAGUCUAUCCUGAUAGCAGAAGGUGCCGGGCCUCCAGGGUGCACGUGUGUCACAGCAGGGCCACGGAUGGGGAGGUGUGUAGCCAGGCGGGAGGAAAUGUGGGGCUGCAGUCGGGGCCCAGAAAGAGCUCCCCUGUAGAAAAGAGAGAUGUUGCCAGCUCUUUUGUUCAUUUAUUUCAAUAUUUGUAGAAGAUACACAGAUCUGUCUGCUGUGCCAGCAGAAGAGUGGUGUCUGUUUCCACCAUCCAAUAGGAAAAUGCAGACAGAAAACACUAAAAAUGUGGAGGUUCCCCUGGGCCAGGGGGAUUCUAGAUCUUUUAUUCCUUGUUUUUUGUAUUUUAUAAUCUUUCAACAGUGAGCAUGUUUUUAAUAUACAAGUAAUAGAAAUUUCUCGAGGAGGAUGCAUGGAUCGACGGAACGCCAUCCCUGCUGGUGCUUGUGGAGGCUCCGUCCCCCAGGGUCUGGCUCCAACCUCGCUGGUCCCAACUGACGGCGCCCCAGCCACCCGAGUGGCGCUGGGUUUCUCCUGGAGGGUCCACACGAGAUGGUCGUGACUUCUCCCAGCACGGCCCCUGGGAACACGCCCACUCCUUCCUUGAUUUCCCACCUGGCCUAUUUGACGCUCUUCGUCUGCUUUAGGAAAAGGCACAUCUGUGGAAGUGGUGACCUGGGGCUGAUCUCGCCACGGGCGUCUUUAAGGAGCCUGUGUCUUUGCCGCAGACGCUACCAUCAUUGUCUGCCCUGCCUUCUGUCGGAGGUGGAUGUGUUCUAGAAUCAUCUAGAAUGUGAUGUCACCAUUUGCAGUGGAAGGCAUAGGAGAUCAGCCCCGUUCCUAGAAAUGGGCUUUAUCGGAGAGUGUGUGUUUUCUUAAGGGAUUCCUAUACUCAAGAGUUUGACUUCAGUUUCCUUUUUUUUCCAUAUUCUGAUGUGAGACAUUUAAAUAAAUGUUCAUUUGCACAUUUGCCUUUACAAUAGAAAUAGCCUCUUUCUACUUCACCAGAUUUUAAAAAUGCCACGUAUGCAUUGGAACAAGUUAAGCAGUGCGGCGCUGGAAGUGUUAGAUUCCCUCCCCACCACCACUGCUUCAACCCUGUAAUCCAAGCCAACUGCUUGAAAAUUGUGCUUCCUUGUGCUUUUUAGUUUUUGUUAAUUAAAAAGAAAAUAUCAUGCCUAUAAGCCCAGCACUUGGAAGGCAGGAGGAUCGCUUGAAGCCAGGUGUUU